AUGGCGGAGCUACAAGACGCAGAAUCGAGUCCUUCCCGAUACGAUUACUUUCACCGCCACCAGAAACAAGGACAGCGACAAGAACAGCAGCACGUCAGUGGCACCCAAAUCCUCUUCGGUGCCGCUGCCAGCCUCGCCUUGGGAGGGCCACUUCUCGGGACCAUGGGAUGCGACCUCUUAGCCUCUACCAUUCUCCUCCUCGUCGCCGCCCCUCUUCUGCUGCUCUUAAGCCCGGUCCUUCUGACGGCGGCCUUCGUCGUCGUCGCAUCGGUGGUCGGCUUCGGCUUGUCGGCGGCGAUGGCGUUACUUGGGCUCUCUGCCUUCCGAUGGGCUCUCCGUUGCGUUCGCCAAGGCGGGCCGUACGAUGUCGGCAAGUUCGUGGAUAUGCUGACACUGUCCGGGCAUAGAGUGAAGGAGAAAUCUCCCAACUUUGAAGAACACCACGGGCAGUAUGUUAGCUAUGUAAUCCCAAGUGAGAAGGGAAUAAAUGGAGGAAUGUGA